UAAGACGUUUUCAGCUACUAACGGCAACAGGACUACAACCAUCAUGAGUCUAACGAGACCGUCCUCUGUUAUCGAUCGUUUCCCCUACUUACCAAUCGAAAUCAUCGCGCUCAUUAUCGAGGGGAUAUGGGCUCUUCCCUUGAGCAAAAAGGAGCGUCAUUUCUUCAUGAGGGCCUCACUUCGCGUUUGUCGAAUAUGGAUGCUCACUUUCCUACGAGUCUCAUUCACACAUCUGCAUAUCGUUUCAUAUGCUUACUACAAGUACAUCGUACUCCUUCAAACCGAUCCCGUUUUCACUUCUAGCAUCGUCACAGAUUCCGACGGUGCACAGCUCUCUCUAGGCGCUUAUUUCUGUCGCUGCUGUCGUUCCCUCACCGUCUCCGUCCAAGACACAUUAUUCUACGGCUUCCCCCUAAUAUUCACAAAUCUAUCCCAUAUCCGACAUAUAACACUCCUCUACCAUAAUGUCAGCCAACAAAUGCCUUUUGCCUACAUCAGCCGGUUCAACACCCUCUUCCCCCCUAGAACCAUCGAUUCCCUAGAAAUGCGAUUCACAUACGACGUCCAAGACGCCGAUUACUCUGCCCGUUUCCAGUAUCUCUACCACUCGAAAGAGUUCUACUACCCCCCAAAGUUCUACUCCCCAGCAGUCAACCACGGAGGUGUUUUACAAUCCAAAUCCCUCAUCUUGCCGUAUAUCCACCAUUUGACUAUCAACGGCGCCAACCCGGCGUUGGUGCUCCUGGUCAAGUGUAUAUGCCCAGCUCUAGAGAGCUUCGAGACGGAUGGAGACCCGGUGGUGCUUGAAUUGGGAUUCGACGCUGCGAACGUCCGUCCGCCGCCUGAAACACCUGAAGAGCAGUUCUGGGCCGAUAACAGGUAUACGAGCUGGGACGAACUGCCGGAGUGGAUAAAGGAACUGGAACCGCAACAUGUGGAGGAAGAAGUGGUGACGGAGUACGUAGAUUCCAACAGUGACACGUAUGACACACCGCUUCCGUUGCCGGUUCCGGUUCCGGUUCGCAGAGAGCGAAAUAAUCUCUGGAUCGAUGCGAUCAACUUGUGGAGGCUCAUUUGGGAUAUAAGAUGUCUAGUCGGGGUGUGGUGAGAGAGAAAAGGGUAGUCAUGUUCGAAUUCUCAGGAUCUGGCUGAACCACUGUCUUCGGUGCGAAGGGAAGCCCUUCUCCCAUAAAUCCCGGUCAAUGAGAUGGUGCCUCCACGGAGCGUUCCUCUUCCGUCGCAGCAUAGCGAGCUCGUAGGCGAGAUACGGAGGGAGAGGUGGUCGUGGUGGCGCUUGGACGUGGGCCUUGAGCGCAAAGACGCGGCAGAA